CCCCCCCCUCCCCGUGCCUUGAAUUGCGAUCACAAGAACUCAGAACUCCAUGGGCCAAGGAGCUGCGAAGGCGAAGCAAGGGGGUGAGGAGGCAGCGCAGAAGACGAAGAAGAAGAACGAGAAGAAAGCGCACAAAUCCGACGAUGCAGACGCGCUCAUUGAGUUCAUGAAGCAGCACUACGACGACAAAGUGAAGGGUGUAACGAGCUUCGAUGAAUUCUACCACGCCAUUUACGAGCUCAUCGAAAUGUUCUGCGAGAGCCGUGGGCAGUUGCAGUACAGGAUACCAACAAAAGAGGAGCUCAAGAAACAGUACGAGAAUGCCCACCCCUGGACCUCGGGCACCGCUAACCUGACCCAGGAGCAGUUCGAGAAGAUCGCGAUGGGGAUCGUCAACAUGAAAAGCUUCACCAUCGGCAAGGCGGCCAUGGACAUCGCCGCCUUCCUCUUCGGGCUCCCCGUGUGCGCGCUCCUCGCCAAGAGGAUCGUCCCGGGCCUCAAGGCCAUCUCCGACGACAUCGUCAUCCCGGCCGCCACCUCCGUCGCCGUCGUCUGCCUCGCCAAGUCCAACAAGCUCUGACCGGCAGACACAAGGAAACUGCAGCAAUAUAUACCGGAAUGAAGCAACGGGGUGGUACAUUUACCGAAAUAAAUGUCAUUUGUUGUAAAUAAAAACUGUAAAAACAGUAAACGGUGUCAAAAACUCAAAAGUCAAGACCGAACCGUUGGAAGGGGGAUGGGUUACCGUAUAGCUUGAUGAAAUGGGAUUGUUUGAAGUUUACCAUUU